AUCGAAAUGGCGGAGCAGAGACAUGCGGGUGAUGGAUCACAGAUCUUUUCCUGGGAUGUUUAAAAAAGCGAAGAAGAAAACUCCAAAUCCACAAAUACAUGUGAAAGCCACACCUUGGAAACCAUUUGCUGUUUCCAUAUAUUUAAUGAGCAGCAACACUGACACCUCACCCACACCUUCUGAAGAGCUUGAACUACUCCAGGCCGGACUAGGAAAACGGGUGAUUACAAUUUCAUCCAAUGUGAACCAUUCGGAUUUAUGCAAGCUCCUUGAAGCUGAAUUUCCAAAGAUGAAGUCACUUACUGGAGGGUGGUUACUUUAUAAGGCACCAGGUGGGAAUGGAAGAAGAAAGCUUACUGUUGUCCCUCCAGACUCCGAGGGUUAUACAGGAAGCCUUCUCAAAAUGGCUACCACCACGGGAAGAACAGGACUGUAUAUGGUCCCUCUUCAAGAUGAGUUGGGUCUUGAUCCACUGCCAUUCUCAGCAGAAGAGUUUGCUAAGAUGCCGAAGGUUGAAUGUCGUACUUGUAAAACCACAAUGCCACUACCAGUUUUGUACUUGCAUGUUAAAUCUUGUGGUGGCUGCACACAGUCAGUUAAUGAUGAGACUACUGAAGAUGAUGAUGAUGAAGAUGUAAAAGUAGUUGGUGAGAUUACCAGAGCAGUUACCCCUACAGCCCCGGCUUCUACACCUACACCCACCACUUCAAUACAAACUUGGUCUCCUACACCCACCACAAGUUUUGAGGUGAGCUAAAUGAAAAUGCUGUGUUUUUAAUAUUCAAAAUAUUUGAGAAUACAUUUGCUUUUCAUUUUAAUAUAAGUGCAUAAGGACCAGUGCAGUUAGUAAAAUUAAUUAGUUAAUGUUAAGAUUUUAUUACUAACGGUAAUGGUAUUUUCUUUGUAGUGCCUUAUUGUCAAGCACUUUUGAUUAAUUGAUUGUAAUUAUACUGUCUCUCAUUGGUACAUAAAGACCAUUUUGCAAGAGGUAAAUAACACUGGUUGAGAAAAAUGCCCUAUUUUCAUAGUUUUAAAACACUACACAAAUGUUAGAAGUCAAUACAAUUUACUAAACAUUUAGAACUGAAUCAGAAUGUUUUUUGUAAAGUAAAAAAAAACUGAAACAGCGAGUGCUUGUUUAGAUCUUGCAAAAUACUCGGUGACCAAAGUAUUUAAAGUGACAAAUUAAACAAAUUACUUGAUUGGAGUUUGGAAAUAACCAAUUGUGUUUUAAUUGGGAUUUUAUUGUAUAAUACUUAAUCAGUUGUCCUUUUGCCAU